AUGGAUGCCGCCCCAGGACGACGCCGAGAGAGAGGCGAAAGCCAGGCAGCCUGGAUCAAGCGCCUGCGCACCACGAUCUCAGGGACAGACGGCGUGAACGAGUUAGAUCGGCUGAUGCAGGACGCGAGAGAAGCCGGCAAUUCUUCAAUGGGCUUCAGUCAAGCGAGCGUCUUGACCCAGAAGCGACAAGACCGGAUCCUCGAGGACUACGGCACGUUUGUUCGCGUCUUCAAGAAACUGCCAGAUGGUAUCGGCGAGAAGGAAUUAGAUGAGCUCCGCUUCCCGUCACCAUUGGAAGGCGAGCAGCAGCCUGACAGAUUCGAUUCCCUAUGGCGACUCUUUCGCCAUUAUCUCUCCUUUGUUGCCGAGUCCAAGAUUCCCAGCUACAACACGCAAAGUCUGGUUUCUUACUCGACACUCAUUCAGUACCGUGAGGCCUUUCAAAUUUGGGUCGUCCCGAAGUACGGCGGGCGUGACAUCGUGCCGCCUUCGUCACGCCAUGUUUUCAAGCAGAUGACGGAAAUGCUACGCACACUGGCAAUCGAGAAGAAGCUCGUCCGGCUCAACUCUGGACCAAGCGGUCAGGUCCGCAUCGGUCUGGAUGACAUCCGUCAGCUCAUCGACAUGGAAUUUCGAGAGACAGUGAGCAUCGAGCUUUCAGAACAACACUAUUUCGCCAUCUGCCUUGGAAGGGCUUGCGCUCUACGCCCAGACUCUUUGGGCCCCUCAGCUGACGAAAAGGUCAAGACUGGCAAUGCCAUCGAUGAAAUGCCCUUCUUGGCCUAG